AUGCCCACUUUCAAAGUACAGGGGCAGGUAUACCAUCGCAUUGGGUCUCUGCUGCAUGAGGAGACUUCUACGCCUAAAUUCCUUCAACUGUACUUUACUGCAGACUACAACCUACAGGCCGAAACUCGGAUUGGUAUUUUGCCACCGUCGGGAAGAGUUCCUCGCAGGGACGUCAUACUACUACUUCAGUCCAUGCUUCACAAGGUUAACAGCUACAUUCGCAGUUUCAAAUAUGCUUUGGAAAAUGCUCGCUUUCCUUCCUUCAGCAUUGUAAUUGACGCCAACACAUGGCCUCAUGAUGAACACGAACGCCGCUACAAUGCUCCUGCGUGCAACGAAGUGGCCGCUAUUAUACAUAGGGAGCAAGACCGCACUCGCGAUAUUGUCUUCAAAUCAAGAGGCGGCGAUCUUCGCAGGAUUUCAGAGACCCAUCGAUCAUAUGGCGCAUUGCAGUACCCUUUACUUUUCACUUAUGGUGACGAUCGCUACCACUUCGGCAUUCCCCUUCAUACUCCGGGUGGCCAACCUACAACGUCUUCCAAAGCCUUAUCGUGUAAGGCCUUCUACUCAUACCGUUUCAUGGUUAGGGAUGGACACUUCAACAUGCUUCAUACAUGCAGGGAGCUUUUCCACCAGUUUGCGGCUGACAUCACCGCUAAGAUGAAAUUGGAGAGGCUUUGUUUUAUACGGAAUCAUUGGAAACAGCUGCACUCAGACUCCUACAUACACUUACGCGACAGCCUUCGAAAUGAAGUCAAUCCCCGCGACCUAGGGAAGCUGUGCAUUCUGCCCUCAACCUACACUGGGGGGCCGCGCUACAUGCAUGAACGCACGCAGCAUGCUAUGACAUACGUUAGGCCAUAUGAACGGCCAGACUUAUUUAUAACGUUUACCUGCAACCCCAAAUGGGUUGAUAUAAUGCGUGAACUCCUACCCGGACAGUAUUACACUCACAGACAUGACAUUACCGCCCGCGUAUUCCACUUAAAACUGGGAAAACUUAUGGACUUAAUAGUGAAGGGGAGAGUCCUACAGUGA